AUGAAUAUCUCAAUGAUGCAAAAUAUGGAAGCUGGGGUCCUCCCCAAAAAGCGGCAACUGCCAAAGCUAAUGGCUUGUAUGACAAAAACUAGUCUAGAAAAUCUAAGAAACAGAGCCUUAUUUGGCUUAAACGCGUUAGAUGCGAAAGGAAUAAGGAGGCGAAAAUUUCCUCUCCACGAAUGUCUGAUAUUAGAACUGAGAGAAGCUGGUUUUUGUGAAUCAUCAGACUACUUGCAGGAUCUUAUAUAUGACAAUAUCCAGCUUUUAGCUGAAGAUGACAUUGGUAUCGUCGUAGAUCUUAGAAAGAGGGAGGAUUACUUGGAAGACAUCAGCGCUGGUCUCAUACGAGCUGAAAAACAAAGGGAUAAACAAAACACGAAGAAAGAAGCUCUGGAGCUGUUGGGUUUGGCGUUGCAUUAUGCUGAAUUAGGAAAAGGUAUACUAUGGCUGGCAGAGAAGUUUUUUCUUGCGGCUAUGGCUGUGUCAAGUCAAUUUCUGUUAGAUGGAGGUCGACAAAAGGGCUGCUGCAAAUACCACUACGCUAUAUUUUUACUGGAUAAAUUUCCAGGAGCAGAUCCUGAAGAGCCAUUUCUCAUAUUAACAGAAGUGAGAGACAGUUCUAUUGGAAAAGAUUGGCUCCUGUACGAAGGAGAUGACGAUGAAAAUGAAUCGAAGGAGACAUUGUUUUCGGCGUCUGCUCUACAACUAAAUCGCGUUUUGCUCAGCAAAGCCCGUUCAUGUCGAGAUACGGAUACAGCGAAAUCAGAAAGGCUUUCUAGACUUGCUGAACGAAGAGCAAGAGAUGCCGACGAUACAUUAAAAACAGCGGAAGCAAUAAUAGAAAUUGGUAUCAGUCAAUUAAUGAUGAACAAUUUAAAUAAUGCACAGAAGACUAUAAACAGAGCUUUUGCCAUUUAUAAAGAAAUGAAUGACAUUAAUGGUCUCUGUGAAACGAGAAUGCACCUCGCUGCUGUUAUGCAAAGGCUGGGCGAUCAUGAAACUGCUUCUAAAUUAUUAACCGAAAUGGGAGCCAUGGCGAUGGAAAAUGGUUUGAGAAGACAUCUUGGACGUGCGUUACAUCUUUUAGGAGAACUUCAUUUACGAAGGGAGAAACCUGAACUUGGUACUCAGCAUUUACGCGAAGCAUUCCAAUGUUUUAUGGGAUUGAACUGGAAUUAUCCUCCGGACCACAAAGGAAGGAGAGAUACGAUCCAAGCCGGUGAUAGUUUAGACAUUAUAUAUAAAACUGAUAGCAACGAGCCUUAUCUAACCGAGGCAGAGCAAUCCAGACUCAUGAUGGCUAUAUCCGCUGGACAAGAGAUUAUGGCGUCUUAUUUCAGUUUGUUGAGAGAGGCUAAUACAUGCACUAUAGCGAAAUACAAAACUAUAGAGUGGAAACUGUCACACGCUAGUUGGUGGCUGCAUAUGAAGCAUCACGAUUAUAUACCCUGCAUAUGUCCAAAACACAACAGAACACCAUUGGAUGUUAUGCGGUUGAAAAUGAUGGCAAAAGAAAUGAAGGAAGAAAAAUCUGAAGCCGACGCGUUAUUGGAGAGAAUAGCUACCACUGAAGACAUAAGAGCUCUACGGAGCAGCAUGUAA